CUUUAAAGGGCGGGGCUUGGCGGUCAGCCCAGUGGCCGGGGCAAAGGCAGAGACUUUACUUCAGCGGCAGAGAGCGAGUCCAAGCUCCAUCAGCUGCCGCAACCACCGCGCCCCAAACACCGAGCCUGAGCCACAAUGAGCGGAAGAGUCGGCGACCUGAGCCCCAAGCAGAAGGAGGCGCUGGCCAAGUUUCGGGAGAAGGUCGAGGAUGUGCUGCCCACCCUGCCGAAUCCAGAUGACCAUUAUCUCCUGCGCUGGCUCCGAGCAAGAAGCUUCGACUUGCAGAAGUCCGAGGCCAUGCUCCGGAAGCAUGUGGAGUUCCGAAAGCAAAAGGACAUUGAAAAUGUCAUGAGCUGGCAGCCUCCAGAGGUGGUCCAACUGUAUCUAUCAGGGGGCAUGUGUGGCUACGACAGGGAUGGCUCUCCCAUCUGGUAUGAUAUUGUUGGACCUCUGGAUGCCAGAGGUCUGAUCCUCUCAGCCACCAAACAGGACUUGCUGAAGACCAAGAUGCGGGACUGUGAGCUGCUUGUGCAGGAGUGUAACCGCCAGUCCGAAAAGUUGGGGAAGAAGGUGGACAGUGUCACCCUGAUUUAUGACUGUGAGGGGCUUGGCCUUAAGCAUCUCUGGAAGCCUGCUGUGGAGACCUAUAUAGAGUUUCUCUGCAUGGUUGAGGAUAAUUAUCCUGAAACACUGAAGCGUCUUUUUGUUAUUAAAGCCCCCAAGGUGUUUCCUGUGGCCUAUAACCUGGUCAAACCCUUCCUGAGUGAGGAGACCCGUAAGAAGAUCAUGGUCCUGGGGGCAAACUGGAAGGAGGUUUUACUGAAAUAUAUCAGUCCUGACCAGGUGCCUGUGGAGUAUGGGGGUACCAUGACUGACCCUGAUGGAAACCCCAAGUGCAAAUCCAAGAUUAACUAUGGGGGUGAAAUCCCCAAGAAGUAUUACGUGCGAGACCAACUGAAACAGCAGUAUGAGCACAGCGUGCAGAUUUCCCGUGGCUCCUCCCACCAAGUGGAGUAUGAGAUCCUCUUCCCUGGAUGUGUUCUCAGGUGGCAGUUCAUGUCAGAUGGCGCAGACAUUGGUUUUGGGAUUUUCCUGAAGACCAAGAUGGGGGAGCGGCAGAAGGCAGGGGAGAUGACAGAGGUGCUGCCAAACCAGAGGUACAACGCUCACUUGGUGCCUGAGGACGGGUCCCUCACCUGCACUGAACCUGGCAUCUAUGUCCUGCGGUUUGACAACACCUACAGCUUCAUUCAUGCCAAGAAAGUCAGUUUCACUGUGGAGGUCCUGCUUCCUGACAAAGCUUCAGAAGAGAAGAUAAUACAGCUGGGGUCAGCCACCCCAAACUAACACCUCCUCCCACAGCAGGCCUGGCUCCCUGUGUCUCCGUCAGUUUCUAUCCCUUGUAGCAGUCAUUUUCCAGCACCCUGACACCCAAAGAAACUGAGAAUUAGGAAGAGGGAGGGUAGCAGGAGUGGGUCUCCUUGCCUUUUAAGUUACUAAGGAGUCCCCAGGGCUGGGCACCGUAACAGGAUCUAUUUGUCCUGUAAGCUGUGCCAUUAUCUACUUGUGACAGCUGAGAUAGGAAAGGGUUACCUAGGGUAGCAGCAGGGAAGAAAUUAAGAAAAAGGGGAGAGAUUGAGACUUAAUACUUAGGGAAGCCAGCAGCAGGGGAGGAACUUGCAGCCAAAUGAACGUGUAAGCCUAGAUCAUAAUAAGGAGUAGCGAGGUAGCCAGUUGCUAGAGUUAUGGUGGGGGUCAGAGGCUCUUCUAAACUUUCUAUCACUGAGGAUGGGAUCUUUUGGCUUUCCUUGGGUCUUAGGAGGUGGCCAAGAGUCAACAUAGAUCUUCCCACUCAACGGUAGACAGGCAGGCCUUUCCAUCACCUUGAGAGAUUCAGCAACUCCUAGGCCCACUGGCUGCCUCUUUAAUUACUGAUGAUUGUCAUUGAUUCAGAGCUUCCUGGGACAGUGAGCUUUGGUACCCAGCCACUGUCCUCCAAUGCAAACAAAGCACAGGAAAAUUACCUCCAUGGAUCCCCAGCUCUGGGAAGGGCAGCUGGGGGUGGGGGUGAGUCCUGACGCUUCCACUGCCCUUUACACUGUCCUAGCCUCCGGUCAACUAACUCUCCAUUUGAGCACCCUACACAAAAAUGACAAGUGGGAUCCAGACAGAACUCAGUGAGAGCAUUUGCGAGUCUGAGUCUCCCACGGUGCCUGCCAACUCGCUUCCUGAUUGACCUGAACAAGUCCUUGGCAGUUCCAUCUCUGUGGGAAGCAUACGGUGGGUGGCAUGGGUUCCUAGUGGUUGGUGGAAGCUGCCCAGGCAGGGGGCCAAAGGCCAGGCCAGCAUCUGGCAGAGCCAAGGGCUGGAGGCAGCCACAAAUAGCAUCGGCCCCUCCAUCCACGGUGAUAAGCAGGAUAGCCAUAGAUUGUCAUGGGGGCUCUCACAGGCCAGGAGCUGGAGAGCAUGGACCCUGCGGGCAACCACAGCCCUUGUUCCAACCCCACGUCCUGCAAACGCACACCACAUCGUGGGCUGCACAGACCAUGGGAAGGCGGCCCAGCCUGGAGCUGGUCUGGCGAAGCUGAAAGAACUGGAGGAGAGACAGGGCUGGCGCCGACCUGAGGGGGCCCUAAGGCCUCAAGGGCCCCGGCCAGAACCCUCAGGAGGACAUCCCGACUUUGGUUUACAACGCUCUGUUAGAAAAAUUAACCAAUGAAUAAAGCAACGUUCGGUGCACA